CUUUUCAAGUGACUUUUGCCAUUUUGGGGACAUAGUUCAUUGUCAAAAGUGAACCCCUUCCACUGUUAAUCUUUGGCAGGUGCUGGCUUGGGGCCUGCAGGUCUAGGAUCAUAGCCAUCUGUUUGUUAUGGCAAAAUAGACAUAAUUACCAAUGGAACGUUUUCAUGUUAAUGAACUGAACUUGGAGAGAUAAGUGUAUAAAGAAUACCAUACUGCGGAACAACUUCUUCAUCGUUAGAUCACAGACUGUUAUACUAACCAAGCAGAAGGUUGAGGAGUUCUACAGGGAUCACAAAGGAAAAUUCUUCCACAACAGACUUGUAACAUUCAUGCAAAGUGGUCCUGUGAGUGCACAUGUACUGGCCAGGCAGGAUGCUAUCAGUCAUUGGAGGAAGAUAAUGGGACCAACUAAAGUAUUCAGAACAAUAUUCAAAGAACCGAAUUCUAUCCGAGGACAGUAUGGUUUGACAGACACUAGGAACUGUGCACAUGGCUCUGAUUCUCCAAUAUCAGCUGCCAAAGAAAUUCAAAUAUUCUUUCCAGACUUUUCCAUAGAUGAAUGGUACAGGAGCAAAGGACAUCUAUUCACAAGAGACAAUGUUGUAUUUGAUGAACAGUCUCAGGCACAUGUCUUGCUAAAAGACAUCAACUCUUCAAGAGUGCAAUAUAUAACAAAUCCUAUAACAAACAUUGGCAACGUCAAAGGAUUCAGUUUCAAUAAAGAGGACAGUUGAUGAUGAAAAUCAAAUGUUGAAAAUGCUACUACUUGAAUUUUCCAUGAUCUAAUGUGACAGAAAUUGCCUUCUAUUCUUCCAAAGAAGACAAUUCUACUUUACUUUACUUUAAGUACUUAUGAUGAUGCUAUCUGAAAUGUCAAUUUCAUGAUGAAAAACUAUCUAGUGAACAAUAAAGAAUAUUGCUCUGUUUGACUUCUCAGAUAUGAUACAUUUUUCAUCUUUUACCAUUUACAAAAUUAUAUCUGACGCUAUACUAUUGAUAUACAUAUAAACAAACACUUGUCUUAUGUUUUGUAUUUUAU